AUGGCAUUUCUCGAUACACUUAUUGCAAAAAUGAAUGAUGAACAAAUGUCAAUUGAUGAUGUACAAGAAGAAGUCGAUACAUUAAUGUUUAGAGGACAUGAUACAACAGCAACUGCACUUAAUUUUACUUUAUUUAUGAUUGCACUUCAUCAGGAUAUUCAACAACGUUUAUUUGAAGAAAUUCAAAGCAUAUUUGAAAAUGAUAAUGAACGUGCAUGUACAUUUGAUGAUGUUCAACAAAUGAAUUAUCUUGAAUGUGUUAUUAAAGAAACAUUACGACUUCUACCAUCCGUUCCUAUAAUUGGACGAGAAAUUCAAGAAACUUUUCAAUAUGAUGGUAAAACAUUUUUGAAAGGUACAACAGCUGUAAUCUUUAUCUAUGAAAUUCAUCGUGAUCCACAAUAUUUUCCUGAACCAGAAAAAUUUGAUCCUGAUCGAUUUUUACCUGAACUAACUCAACAACGACAUCCUUAUGCAUAUAUUCCAUUUUCUGCUGGUCCACGAAAUUGUAUUGGUAUGUCGGGAAAUUCGAAAAAAAAUCGUAUUUAUAUUAAUUUUAUUCUUGUUAUGAAAGGUCAACGUUUUGCUUUGCUUGAAGAAAAAGUGUUUCUUUCAGCAAUAAUUCGUCGAUUUCAUCUAACAACAAGUCAAACUUAUAAAGAUUUUGUACCAACUGAACAAAUAAUUCUUCGUUCUGAUAAUGCACUCAAAGUCAAACUUAUAUCACGUGCAUAA